AUGUCGUUUAAUUUACCUGAUUUGCCAUCUGAUUGCAACUAGGCUUUGAUUGGAGCAUGGACAUCACCUGAUGAUGGAUAUGUAUUGAAAUAAUGCUAAUCAGACUGCUACCAUAAAACAAACAGUUCAAUAGUUAGUUUUUUAAUGGAUAGAAGAAUAAAUAAAAGUGGUGAUAUGCUUUUAAAUUAUAAAAUUGGAAGUCAAAUCAAUUAUUCAAUUAUUCUGAUAGACAUCUUAUAUGUAAUGGAUGGAGAUGCUAAGUUAAAUGCUGAUGUUAAUUCUAAACUUCAUUUUUCUUUUGCUUUUCCACAAUAUCCUAUUUAUGUCAUUUAUUAUAAAGAUCUGUAUUGUAAAAAUACUUAGAUAAUAAAAAAAGCAACUUUUUCUUUCUACAAAAGCAAUGCUAACAUUUAAGACAAUAAUUUAAAUAUCCAUUUUGAAAAAGUUACUCAUGAUUAGUCAAAUUAUUACCUAUUUGGUAUUAAGGGAAUUUAAUUAUCAAUGACUUGCUCUAUUACAUGCUAAGUUUGUAUAGAUUAAAGUAACUGCGAUGUAUGCAAAUACAGUUUUAAAAAAAUUACUCUACCAUCAGGUUUAUAAGUUUGUGAAUAAAUUACUAGUUGCUAAGAAAACUGUUUUCUAUGUGCUGUUAGUUAAACUGAAAAUAUAUGCACUUAGUGUUUCCCUGGUUAUUCACUUUAAAAUAAUUAAUGUAUCUCAUUAGAUAAACUUAAUAUUUGUAAAUCUUAGACAAAUACAUACUAUGCAGAUCCUAAUUAGUGCCUCAAAUAUGCCUAAAAUGCAGUUAAAUAUUAAAAUGGUUAAUAUCAAAGGACAAAUAUGGAAACUUAUUAUUCUUAUAAGUGCCCCUACAACUAAGUAGUAAUAUUAUACCCUGAAUCUUAUUAUAGCCUUUAUUGGUGUGGUUGCUAUACUAAAAAUUGCGCAAGUUGUCCUUAUGGUAUUUGUAUUACAUGCUCUGAAGGAUAUACUAUUAAAAAUAAUGAAUGUAUUCCUACUUGCAAAGCAAACUAAUAUCUAGAUGCUGUAUCAAAUAAAUGUAUUGACUGUGGAAUUAAUUGUUAACUUUGUAAUAGUACAAUAUGUAAAUAAUGCACAGAUUCUACAUUCUAAGUAGAUCAAAGAAAUCCCCAAAAUUGCAUUUCGAUUAACUCUUGUGUUGUCAGUAAUUGCUAAACAUUUAAUGCCUCCCUUGUUCUGUUCCAAACUGCUUGUAAUGUUUCAGUGAAAACUAUUAAAAAUGCUAAUAAUGCUCACAAAAUUACUCUUUAUCUUCUGACAAAUAGUAGUGCAUGCGAUGCUAAAUCUAAAAUUGUUUAACAUGUGAUCCAUAAAAUAAUUAAAUUUGUUAAGUUUGCUAAACAAGUACAUAUUUAAAUUCAGAUCAAACUCAAUGCCUACCUUGCAGUGUUUAAAAUUGUUAAGAAUGCUAAAGUACAAACAACUAGCUUUGUUAGAAAUGUAAUUCAGGAUAUCAAGUUAAGAGUGAUAGCAAGAGUUGUGACUUGA